AUGGCGACGCCGUUUCAGACGGAGGCCUGGACCGAGUACGGCCUGGGCGUCGUGAUUCUCUUUCUGCGCUUCUUUGCGCGCUGGAAGACGGUCGGGUUGAAGGGGUGGGGAGGCGACGAUGCCUUUGCUAUUCUCGUGCUUCUGUUUUGGACGCUGGAACUAUGUAUGCUGGAACUCAUCGGACAAUAUGGCACCAACAUCGGCAUCACAGACGAUGUCGGCGCCACCCUGACAAAUGAGCAGAUUGCGCGCUUCGAGUUUGGCUCCAAGUGCCUCCUGGCCGGGUGGAACUUUUACGUUUCCCUGAUAUGGGCGCUCAAAGGCUGCAUGCUCUGCUUCUACAACCGCAUCACGCUUGGCUUGACGCAGCAAAAGUUUGUCAAGUGGACGGGCCUGGCGUGCUUCUUCGCCUACGCGGGCGUCAUGGGCGCCAUCUGGGGGCACUGCACGCCCGUGCACAAGAACUGGCAGGUCGUGCCGUAUCCUGGCGAUAAGUGCACGCUGGCUGUGGCCAACUACCUGACUCUGGUCGUUCUCAACGUGACGACCGAUUUCGUCAUUCUGAGCAUCCCAAUUCCGCUAUUGUGGAAGGUGAAAAUCACACUGGGGCGCAAGCUUGCCAUUGGCGUGCUGCUCUGCUCGGGUGUCUUCAUCAUUGUCGCCACUAUCCUCCGAUGCGUUCUGUCCCUGCGCGACAUUCAGGGCAUCAACGUCAGCACCAUCUGGGCCAUCCGCGAGACCUUUGUCGGCAUCAUCGCCGUCAACGCCGCGGCCAUCAAGCCCCUCUUCUCCAAGAGCCGCUGGAUCGUCUCCAGCAAGGGCAGCAGCGGCGCCACGCCCGGAUACAACAAGAACCAGAACCAGUACUCGCUGGACCAGAUGCCCGGCGGCGCGACCUCGACCAUCGGGUCCAUGUCCAAGCGGCGCUUCAACAAGCAGAUGAUGGAGCUGGGCGACAACUCGAGCGAGGAGCACAUUGUCGACUCCAAGGACAACCACAACGGGCUCGCGUACAACAGGUGGCUGCGCAACGAGGUCAGCGGGGGCGGCGCGUCGUCCGUGGGCGGGAGGAGCGGCGGCAGCGCAGAGGCGGACGGCAUCACCGUCACCACGAGGGUCGAAGUCACCCCUGGGACGCCGCGACACAUGGUGUGA